AUGCCCAAAUUGCAGAACGAGCCAAUGACCAUUAAUGGUGCCAAGGCUCUUUCUAGCGUCGCUGUCAUAGUUUCCGAGUCGUUGACUAAGACGAUCCCGAGAAGCAAUAAGUGCUCGGAUCUACGUAGCAGGCACGUCGUCAGUUCACUGAAGCCCGAAUUCGUCUCGCAAAUUCACAUGGUUAUGGUAUACGGCGAUGGUAAUGAGGCCUUAAUCCUGACAAAGGACAAGACGGUGUAUGCCUUGGGAUCCAACACCUGUGGUUGUUUAGGAACUGGGAAUACAGUCUCCACGUUAUAUCCGAAGAUGAUCAAGGUUCUAUGCAGGAAAGAUGUAAAGAUCGCGUAUGGCAUCGGACCUCACGUUUUGGCGCUUACGAAUGGGGGAGAGGGAUGCUACAAGGUAUACUCUUGGGGAUACAACCAUUACGGCCAAGUGGGGAAUGAAUCGACUAAUCAGGUUGUCAUACCUACUUUAAUAGACAUACCUCCAGAAGAUGAUCAGGGUCCAAAGCGUAUCGUCGACAUAGCAUGCGGAUAUAAUCAUUUCAUCGCUCUGACCGAGUCUGGUAAGGUUGAAGAAGAAGAAAAACAUGACAAGGACACUUAUCUAGAGACUACACCUGAUCAAGUUGAUACUUUGGCUGGGAAGAAAGUUAUCUAUAUCUCUUGCGGUGGGGCCUUCACUAUUGUAGUCACUGAAAAUGGUGAGGUAUAUGGUUGGGGUAAUAACUCUCACGGCCAGCUGGGUGUAGGCGAUGCAGAGGACCGAACAACGCCGUGUCGCAUCGAUUCACUAAAAAUCGAUGCAGAGGACCGAACAACGCCGUGUCGAAUCGAUUCACUAAAAAGCACUGUGAUAGUCAAGGUAGCUUGCGGAAUCGUGCACACGCUAGCUCUCACGGACGAAGGGGAUCUCUACGCCUGGGGUGGAAAUAGUCAUGGUCAGUUGGGGAUUGGCAGGCAGACGAAUUCGCAUAUACCAGUCAUGAUCAUGCAUCAAAUGGGAAGAAUGCUCGACAUUGCCGCUUCGUAGUGCCUAUAUAUAAGCAUUGCUAUUGGCAAAGAAGAACGUAUAUAUGUAUGGGGUUUCUGCCAAAGACAGAACGUCAUGAUUCCAAUUGCCACUCCAUUCUUGGAUGUUCAAGGUGGUUUGUGGGUACCAGCAUACGCUGGCGCUCACAAAAGAAGGGGUUUACUUUACGCCUGGGGUGACAAUCGUUACGGCCAGUUGGGGAUCAGCAACCAGACGGAUUGCUCCGUCGGCAAUGGAGGACGUGUAUACGUAUGGGAUCGCUGCCACAGACAGUCAAUCAUGAUGCCAAUCGCUACUCCAUUCUCGGACGUACACAACGCGCUUGCAUGUUACGGGUGGCCAUGCGCUAUGCACAAACCGCUGAUUCUGAACGUGACGGAAGAGCCGCUGGACAUAAUGAAAUGUCUGAGAAUUGCAUUCGACGAUCUCUCAACAAGCGAUCUUACGAUACAAGUGGAGGGUCAAUAUAUCCACGUGCACAAGGCUAUUUUGAUGAUACGCUCUUUGUACUUUAAAACCAUGUUUCAGCACGAUUGGGCGGAAAAUGACCAGAGUGUUAUUAAGUUGGAUCAGUUUUCCUAUAUUGUCUACAAAGCGUUCCUGAAGUACUUGUACACCGACGUAAUCGAUUUAUCACGGAAGCAGGUGAUAGAACUUUGGGACCUGGCUGACACAUACUGCGAGAGCGAUCUUAGGAAGAAGUGUAUUCAGAUGCUAAAGAAAGAAAUUACCGUACCGAAUGUCGUUUACUUAUAUACCAUUGCAGUCAAAUAUAACGAGGAGGAACUAGAAGAUUGCUGCGUCAGAUUUGCCGUUCAUCACAUGACUGCUGUGACGAAGACAGAAGAUUUCGCCAAACUUGAGCAGGAAUUGAUGAUGACAUCAUUUAUAAUCAAGACGAGCAAAUCUGGCUGUAUCCUCAGUUCACUGAAGCCGGAAUUUGUUUCGCAAAUUCGAAUGGUCAUGGUAUACGAUAUAUAUGGUCAUAGUGCCUUAAUCGUGACGAAAGAUAAGAUGGUAUAUGCUUUGGGGGUCAACCGUUUCGGUUGUUUAGGCACAGGGGACUGUAUCUCCACAUUACAUCCAAAGAAGAUCGAGGUCUUAUGCACGAAAGAUAUAAAGACGUUCGCGUGCGGUGGUGGACCUCACGUUCUAGCACUUACAGUAGGAGGAGAGAUAUACUCCUGGGGACACAACCUUUAUGGUCAAGUGGGGAACAGUUGCGGUGAGAGCAUUACCACGCCUACUCUGGUAAACAUACCUACUCAGGAAGGUGAUCAGGGUCCAAAGCGUAUCGUCGACAUAGCAUGCGGAUGUAACCAUUCCAUCGCUCUGACCGAAUCUGGCGAGGUGUAUGCUUGGGGAGUACAUGACGAAGAAGAAGAGGAAGAAGAAGAAGUAGAAGAGAAAGAAGUGCAAGAAGAGGAACAAGAGCAGGAAAAGGAGAAAACUGACAGAGUGACGUCACCUAUGCAAUUUGAUACUUUGGCUGAGAAGAAGGUUGUCUACAUCUCCUGUGGUGGGACCUUCACUAUGGUAAUCAUUGAUAAUGGCGAGGUAUAUGGUUGGGGUAAUAAUAAAUAUGGCCAGCUGGGUGUAGGCGAUGUGGAGGAUCGAAUGACGCCGUGCCAGCUCGAUUCACUAAAAGGCACUGUGAUAGUCCAGGUUGUUUGCGGAAACCAGCACACGCUGGCGCUCACGGAUAAAGGAGAUCUUUACGCGUGGGGUAACAAUUAUUGCGGCCAAUUGGGGAUCGGCAGCCAGAUUAAUGUAAUCUGUAAACCAGUCAUGGUCGAGCAUCAAAUGGGAAGAGUGUUCGACAUUGCCGCUGGGUACAACGGAAACAUAAGCGUCGCCGUUGGUACAGGACGACGUGUGUAUGUAUGGGGUUUUUGUCGUGGACAGAACAUCAUGACCCCAAUCGCUACUCCAUUCUCGGAUAUACAUGUCGCAUUUGCAUCCUACAGUUCGAAGAUUUUUAUGCACAAACCGCUAUUCCUGGACACUAACGGAGAGCUGGAUAUUGAAUGCGACGUACUGAAAGUGAGAACUGCAUUUAGUGAUUCCUCGACAAGCGAUCUUACGAUACAAGUCGGGAACCAAUUUAUACACGUGCAUAAGGCUAUUUUGAUGAUACGCUCUUUGUACUUUAAAACCAUGUUUCAGCACGAUUGGGCGGAAAAUGACCAGAGUGUUAUUAAGUUGGAUCAGUUUUCCUAUAUUGUCUACAAAGCGUUCCUGAAGUACUUGUAUACCGACAUAGUCGAUUUACCCUGGAAGCAGGUGGUUGAACUUUUGGACCUGGCUGACGCAUACUGCGAGAGCGAUCUUAGGAAGAAGUGUAUUCAGAUGCUAAAGAAAGAAAUUACCGUACCGAAUGUCGUUUACUUAUAUACCAUUGCAGUCAAAUAUAACGAGGAGGAACUAGAAGAUUGCUGCGUCAAAUUUGCCGUUCAUCACAUGACUGCUGUGACGAUGACAGAAGAUUUCGCCAAACUUGAUCAGAAACUCAGGAAAAUAUUCUUAAUUAAGGUGGGCAAAGCUAAGGCUUUCAAAAAUUAA